CUUCUCUCUAGGAAAUUAUACUCCAAUCACAAACCAUUCGGUUUGGACAAAUCCUUUUGGAAAAAUCCUUACCAAACUAUUUACCGCACUGCUGCUUAUCAUACGGUUUCGCGACAGAAUUUUGAGUCGUUUUUGAGUAUCUAAUAACCGGGCGUUGCAACCCUUCUCGCCGGCACCCUUACUUUCCCGGCGUCCUGGCAAGGCGGCAACCCAUACAACCGGCAAAUCAAGAUGGAAAAAGAGCCUCUCCUUCCCUUUUCCACACCCAAAUCUUCACUUCCACCUCCCAUUUCCCUUUGCCCUUUACCUGAAGACAAUGAAAUCACAGUUCCUCCUUUGACACCUUCAGAAUUCAAAGACAGACUAAUAUUUGGUUCUGCUUCUCCUCCUUCUCCUUCUUCCUUCAAAGGCCCUUUUAGAGACCUAAAUCCCAAUCUUGAUCCCAUAGACCCAAAUUUCAAUAUUGAUUUGAAUUGUUGGGCACCCUCAGACCCUAAACCCAGUAAUGAUCAGAAUCCGCGGACAUUGGACUCAAAUUACAGAUUAUGGUCAAGGAGCAAUCUGCACAGGUCGAAGACUGCCCCUGCUUUAGCGACAAUCAAUGAUAUUGAGCACCACUCCUCUGCAAUUCCCAAGCCACCAUUGAAACUUGCAAUUGUGAGACAAGCUAUUGUGCUUUUAGGUCUUUACUUGAUUCUAGGCGUGUCUAUAUAUUCUUUGUUUAAGGAGCAUUUUAGGGGCUCUGAGACCCAUCCUGUGGUUGAUGCUCUAUACUUUUGCAUUGUCACGAUGUGUACUAUUGGUUAUGGGGAUAUAACUCCUGAUAGUCCUGCCGCUAAGCUGUUCUCCGUCAUGUUUGUGCUUGUCGGUUUUGGGUUUAUUGACAUUCUGUUAAGUGGGAUGGUUACUUACGUUCUUGAUUUGCAAGAGUCUUAUCUGCUGAAGACUGUUAAGAGUAAGGGCGGGCAUGUCCGCGGUUCUUACAUAAUAGAUGUGAAGAAGGGGAGGAUGAGGAUUCGAAUGAAGGUCACACUGGCAUUGGGUGUUGUGGUUCUAUGCAUUGGUGUGGGGGUUGUAGUCAUGCAUUUCGUCGAGAGGCUCGGGUGGUUAGAUUCACUUUACUUGUCCGUUAUGUCAGUUACUACAGUUGGGUACGGAGACAGGGCAUUCAAUUCUUUGACCGGUCGGGCUUUCGCAUCGUUUUGGUUGCUUGUGUCAACUCUUGCUGUUGCGAGAGCCUUUCUUUACUUGGCUGAGGCAAGGGUGGAUAAAAGGCAUCGAAUGAUGGCCAAAUGGGUGCUUGAUCAGGACUUGACUGUUUCUCAGUUUCUUGCUGCCGACAUUGAUAACAAUGGUUUUGUCACUAAAUCUGAAUACAUAGUAUACAAGCUGAAGGAGAUGGGAAAGGUAUCAGAGAAAGACAUAUUUCUUAUCUGCAAACAGUUUGAACGGUUGGAUUCAGGCAGUUGUGGGAGGAUCACUCUCGCUGAUCUGAUGGAAGGCGUCCACCAUUAAACCAGCUCCACAUGCAUUUCCCUGGCAGAGGUUUUAUGAUGCAGAAGAGGAAUAUUCCUUAAGACGGUGUGCAAUAUUAGAAGGUUCAGAAUCAGAUGGAAUUUGUGUCUUUCUUUUUGACAUUGGAUUUGGAAGUGUAUAUACCCAUUACCAGGUAGAUAUAUGUAUAUGUAUUUCUCUGCCACAAGUUUUGUUCGCACAAUUGUUGUUACCUGAGGUUGUGAAUAUUCCUGUAAAAAAUAACUAACAUAUUGACUUUGUUUAAAAUUUUCUUCCCAUUUAUAAAAGCACGAAUUAAGCAUUUUUCUUGAA